ACUGCUGAUUCUAAUUGGAGCGCAACAAGCUGAUGCCGAACAGGCAUCCUGGAGCGUGUCCGGUAGCUCUGUGAAUGGCCGCAGCCCCGCUGCAGCCUCAAGGAGGGCUCAGCAACCCAAACCCAACGCUCUGCAGCCCGUCCCACAAGCCACCUGACCCCCAACUGGACCCUGUAGUCUCGGAGAUAUUCGACCUGAUCCGAGACAUAAAGGACCCUGAACACCCUCACACUCUGGAGGAGCUCAAUGUUGUCAGCGAGGACUGCAUUACUGUCCGUCGCCACACCUUCUGUCAGAAUAGAGUUGCCGCAUCCAACACUCAACAAACCGACAGCAGCAGUCAAACCUCUGUGGAAACCAAAUCCACUCUGCCCUCAGGCAUUACCAACAAAACCGAAGAAGAGGAAGAAGAAGAGCUGUGGAUUAAGUUAGUGUUUACUCCGACCGUCCCGCACUGCUCGCUGGCUACUCUCAUCGGACUCUGUCUCCGCGUGAAGCUGGAGCGAUGUUUGGAGGCAAGGUUCAAACUGGACAUUGUUGUGUCGGAGGGUGCGCACGCCAUCGAAGGUGACGUGAACAAGCAGAUCAAUGACAAGGAGAGGGUGGCCGCGGCCAUGGAGAAUCCAGGACUCAGGGAGAUGGUUGAGGAGUGCAUCAAGGAAGCAGAGUAUUGACAAGUGGAUCCCUACCGCGGCACCCCUCUCCCCCUUCCAUUUCUCCUCCUUUUUCUCUCUGUAAAGUGUCGCUGUGGCUCUGUUCGAAUUACUGCCUCAUUAUGUCCAUUUCUUUCAUCCAUCUUUAUGUCUAGGCGCUUUUUUACACAUGUAAUACUGACAUGAUACCAAUUUUAUGUUGCUAUUGUGGCAGUGUACAAUUAUACAAAACGUUUGAAGAUUUCGUGAUCUAACCAAUCGAUUCUGACACAAACAGUUCUAAGACCACACACAAUAGAAGACUUGAACACAGAACAUGUGUCCAUUGUGUGAUUUAUAGAAAGAGAAUCCUCUCAUCAAACUAUAUAUUCGACAUGCUGUCUAUAGCAGAACACUGUUGAUGUGUACAUGUGCAUGCUUAUGGAGAGAGAGUGUGUGUGUGUGUGUAUUGUGAUGUGAAAAAUGGUUGGGGAAGAGAGG